AUGCCUCACAUCCCGCUGACACCUCGAGAGGCACGCGGAGUUCAUUGCUUCAAAAGGCUCAAGACGUAUGCCAACUUCCCAGAAGCACCUCAGGAGGAGGCUUCUCUCAGCAAUAGGCUCAAGACGUAUGCCAACUUCCCAGAAGCACCUCAGGAGGAGGCUUCUCUCAGCAGUAGGCUCAAGACGUAUGCCAACUUCCCAGAAGCACCUCAGGAGGGGGCUUCUCUCAGCAAUAGGCUCAAGACGUAUGCCAACUUCCCAGAAGCACCUCAGGAGGAGGCUUCUCUCAGCAAUAGGCUCAAGACGUAUGCCAACUUCCCAGAAGCACCUCAGGAGGGGGCUUCUCUCAGCAAUAGGCUCAAGACGUAUGCCAACUUCCCAGAAGCACCUCAGGAGGAGGCUUCUCUCAGCAAUAGGCUCAAGACGUAUGCCAACUUCCCAGAAGCACCUCAGGAGGAGGCUUCUCUCAGCAAUAGGCUCAAGACGUAUGCCAACUUCCCAGAAGCACCUCAGGAGGGGGCUUCUCUCAGCAAUAGGCUCAAGACGUAUGCCAACUUCCCAGAAGCACCUCAGGAGGAGGCUUCUCUCAGCAAUAGGCUCAAGACGUAUGCCAACUUCCCAGAAGCAACUCAGGAGGGGGCUUCUCUCAGCAAUAGGCUCAAGACGUAUGCCAACUUCCCAGAAGCACCUCAGGAGGAGGCUUCUCUCAGCAAUAGGCUCAAGACGUAUGCCAACUUCCCAGAAGCACCUCAGGAGGAGGCUUCUCUCAGCAAUAGGCUCAAGAUGUAUGCCAACUUCCCAGAAGCAUCUCAGGAGGAGGCUUCUCUCAGCAAUAGGCUCAAGACGUAUGCCAACUUCCCAGAAGCACCUCAGGAGGAGGCUUCUCUCAGCAAUAGGCUCAAGACGUAUGCCAACUUCCCAGAAGCACCUCAGGAGGAGGCUUCUCUCAGCAGUAGGCUCAAGACGUAUGCCAACUUCCCAGAAGCACCUCAGGAGGGGGCUUCUCUCAGCAAUAGGCUCAAGACGUAUGCCAACUUCCCAGAAGCACCUCAGGAGGAGGCUUCUCUCAGCAAUAGGCUCAAGACGUAUGCCAACUUCCCAGAAGCACCUCAGGAGGGGGCUUCUCUCAGCAAUAGGCUCAAGACGUAUGCCAACUUCCCAGAAGCACCUCAGGAGGAGGCUUCUCUCAGCAAUAGGCUCAAGACGUAUGCCAACUUCCCAGAAGCACCUCAGGAGGAGGCUUCUCUCAGCAAUAGGCUCAAGACGUAUGCCAACUUCCCAGAAGCACCUCAGGAGGAGGCUUCUCUCAGCAAUAGGCUCAAGACGUAUGCCAACUUCCCAGAAGCACCUCAGGAGGGGGCUUCUCUCAGCAAUAGGCUCAAGACGUAUGCCAACUUCCCAGAAGCACCUCAGGAGGAGGCUUCUCUCAGCAAUAGGCUCAAGACGUAUGCCAACUUCCCAGAAGCACCUCAGGAGGAGGCUUCUCUCAGCAAUAGGCUCAAGAUGUAUGCCAACUUCCCAGAAGCAUCUCAGGAGGAGGCUUCUCUCAGCAAUAGGCUCAAGACGUAUGCCAACUUCCCAGAAGCACCUCAGGAGGAGGCUUCUCUCAGCAAUAGGCUCAAGAUGUAUGCCAACUUCCCAGAAGCAUCUCAGGAGGAGGCUUCUCUCAGCAAUAGGCUCAAGACGUAUGCCAACUUCCCAGAAGCACCUCAGGAGGAGGCUUCUCUCAGCAAUAGGCUCAAGACGUAUGCCAACUUCCCAGAAGCACCUCAGGAGGAGGCUUCUCUCAGCAAUAGGCUCAAGACGUAUGCCAACUUCCCAGAAGCACCUCAGGAGGAGGCUUCUCUCAGCAAUAGGCUCAAGACGUAUGCCAACUUCCCAGAAGCACCUCAGGAGGAGGCUUCUCUCAGCAAUAGGCUCAAGACCUAUGCCAACUUUCCAGAAGCACCUCAGGAGGAGGCUUCUCUCAGCAACAGGUUCAAGACGUAUGCCAACUUUCCGGAAGCACCUCAGGAGGAGGCUUCUCUCAGCAAUAGGCUCAAGACGUAUGCCAACUUUCGGGAAGCACCUCAGGAGGAGGAUUCUCUCAGCAAUAGGAUCAAGACGUAUGCCAACUUUCCGGAAGCACCUCAGGAGGAGGCUUCUCUCAGCAAUAGGCUCAAGACGUAUGCCAACUUUCCGGAAGCCCCUCAGGAGGAGACUUCUUUCAGCAAUAGGCUCAAGACGUAUGCCAACUUUCCGGAAGCACCUCAGGAGGAGGCUUCUCUCAGCAGUAGGCUCAAGACGUAUGCCAACUUUCGGGAAGCACCUCAGGAGGAGGAUUCUCUCAGCAAUAGGCUCAAGACGUAUGCCAACUUUCCAGAAGCACCUCAGGAGGAGGCUUCUCUCAGCAAUAGGCUCAAGACGUAUGCCAACUUUCCGGAAGCCCCUCAGGAGGAGGCUUCUUUCAGCAAUAGGAUCAUGCCGUAUGCCAACUUUCCGGAAGCACCUCAGGAGGAGGCUUCUCUCAGCAGUAGGCACAAGACGUAUGCCAACUUUCCAGAAGCACCUCAGGAGGAGGCUUCUCUCAGCAGUAGGCUCAAGACCUAUGCCAACUUUCCAGAAGCACCUCAGGAGGAGGCUUCUCUCAGCAAAAGGAUCAAGACUUAUGCCAAAUUUCCGGAAGCACCUCAGGAGGAGGCUUCUCUCAGCAAUAGGCUCAAGACGUAUGCCAACUUUCGGGAAGCACCUCAGGAGGAGGAUUCUCUCAGCAAUAGGCUCAAGACGUAUGCCAACUUUCCAGAAGCACCUCAGGAGGAGGCUUCUCUCAGCAAUAGGCUCAAGACGUAUGCCAACUUUCCGGAAGCCCCUCAGGAGGAGGCUUCUUUCAGCAAUAGGAUCAUGCCGUAUGCCAACUUUCCGGAAGCACCUCAGGAGGAGGCUUCUCUCAGCAGUAGGCACAAGACGUAUGCCAACUUUCCAGAAGCACCUCAGGAGGAGGCUUCUCUCAGCAGUAGGCUCAAGACCUAUGCCAACUUUCCAGAAGCACCUCAGGAGGAGGCUUCUCUCAGCAAAAGGAUCAAGACUUAUGCCAAAUUUCCGGAAGCACCUCAGGAGGAGGCUUCUCUCAGCAAUAGGCUCAAGACCUAUGCCAACUUUCCAGAAGCACCUCAGGAGGAGGCUUCUCUCAGCAACAGGCUCAAGACGUAUGCCAACUUUCCAGAAGCACCUCAGGAGGAGGCUUCUCUCAGCAAUAGGUUCAAGACGUAUGCCAACUUUCCAGAAGCACUUCAGGAGGAGGCUUCUAUCAGCAAUAGGAUCAAGAUGUAUGCCAACUUUCCAGAAGCACCUCAGGAGGAGGAUUCUGUUAGCAAUAGGCUCAAUACGUACGCCAACUUUCCAGAAGCACCUCAGGAGGAGGCUUCUCUCAGCAAUAGGCUCAAGACGUAUGCCAACUUUCCGGAAGCCCCUCAGGAGGAGGCUUCUCUCAGCAAUAGGAUCAAGACGUAUGCCAACGUUCCGGAAGCACCUCAGGAGGAGGCUUCUCUCAGCAAUAGGCUCAAGACGUAUGCCAACUUUCCGGAAGCCCCUCAGGAGGAGGCUUCUUUCAGCAAUAGGCUCAAGACAUAUGCCAACUUUCCGGAAGCACCUCAGGAGGAGGCUUCUCUCAGCAAUAGGAUCAAGCCAUAUGCCAACUUUCCGGAAGCACCUCAGGAGGAGGCUUCUGUCAGCAGUAGGCUCAAGACGUAUGCCAACUUUCCGGAAGCACCUCAGGAGGAGGUUUCUCUCAGCAGUAGGCUCAAGACGUAUGAAAACUUUCCAGAAGCACCUCAGGAGGAGGCUUCUCUCAGCAAUAGGCUCAAGACGUAUGCCAACUUUCCGGAAGCACCUCAGGAGGAGGCUUCUCUCAGCAAUAGGCUCAAGACGUAUGCCAACUUUCCGGAAGCACCUCAGGGGGAGGCUUCUCUCAGCAAUAGGCUCAAGACGUAUGCCAACUUUCCGGAAGCCCCUCAGGAGGAGGCUUCUUACAGCAAUAGGCUCAAGACGUAUGCCAACUUUCCGGAAGCACCUCAGGAGGAGGCUUCUCUCAGCAAUAGGAUCAAGCCGUAUGCCAACUUUCCGGAAGCACCUCAGGAGGAGGCUUCUCUCAGCAGUAGGCUCAAGACCUAUGCCAACUUUCCGGAAGCACCUCAGGAGGAGGCUUCUCUCAGCAGUAGGCUCAAGACGUAUGCCAACUUUCCGGAAGCCCCUCAGGAGGAGGCUUCUUUCAGCAAUAGGCUCAAGACGUAUGCCAACUUUCCGGAAGCCCCUCAGGAGGAGGCUUCUUUCAGCAAUAGGCUCAAGACGUAUGCCAACUUUCCGGAAGCACCUCAGGAGGAGGCUUCUCUCAGCAAUAGGCUCAAGACGUAUGCCAACUUUCCGGAAGCACCUCAGGAGGAGGUUUCUCUCAGCAGUAGGCUCAAGACGUAUGCCAACUUUCCGGAAGCCCCUCAGGAGGAGGCUUCUUUCAGCAGUAGGCUCAAGACGUAUGCCAACUUUCCGGAAGCACCUCAGGAGGAGGCUUCUCUCAGCAAUAGGAUCAAGCCAUAUGCCAACUUUCCGGAAGCACCUCAGGAGGAGGCUUCUGUCAGCAGUAGGCUCAAGACGUAUGCCAACUUUCCGGAAGCACCUCAGGAGGAGGUUUCUCUCAGCAGUAGGAUCAAGCCGUAUGCCAACUUUCCGGAAGCACCUCAGGAGGAGGCUUCUCUCAGCAAUAGGCUCAAGACGUAUGCCAACUUUCCGGAAGCAUCUCAGGAGGAGGCUUCUCUCAGCAAUAGGCUCAAGACGUAUGCCAACUUUCCGGAAGCACCUCAGGAGGAGGAUUCUCUCAGCAGUAGGCUCAAGACGUAUGCCAACUUUCCGGAAGCCCCUCAGGAGGAGGCUUCUUACAGCAAUAGGCUCAAGACGUAUGCCAACUUUCCGGAAGCACCUCAGGAGGAGGCUUCUCUCAGCAAUAGGAUCAAGCCGUAUGCCAACUUUCCGGAAGCACCUCAGGAGGAGGCUUCUCUCAGCAGUAGGCUCAAGACCUAUGCCAACUUUCCGGAAGCACCUCAGGAGGAGGCUUCUCUCAGCAGUAGGCUCAAGACGUAUGCCAACUUUCCGGAAGCCCCUCAGGAGGAGGCUUCUUUCAGCAAUAGGCUCAAGACGUAUGCCAACUUUCCGGAAGCCCCUCAGGAGGAGGCUUCUUUCAGGAAUAGGCUCAAGACGUAUGCCAACUUUCCGGAAGCACCUCAGGAGGAGGCUUCUCUCAGCAAUAGGAUCAAGCCAUAUGCCAACUUUCCGGAAGCACCUCAGGAGGAGGCUUCUGUCAGCAGUAGGCUCAAGACGUAUGCCAACUUUCCGGAAGCACCUCAGGAGGAGGUUUCUCUCAGCAGUAGGCUCAAGACGUAUGCCAACUUUCCGGAAGCCCCUCAGGAGGAGGCUUCUUUCAGCAAUAGGCUCAAGACGUAUGCCAACUUUCCGGAAGCACCUCAGGAGGAGGCUUCUCUCAGCAAUAGGAUCAAGCCAUAUGCCAACUUUCCGGAAGCACCUCAGGAGGAGGCUUCUGUCAGCAGUAGGCUCAAGACGUAUGCCAACUUUCCGGAAGCACCUCAGGAGGAGGUUUCUCUCAGCAGUAGGCUCAAGACGUAUGAAAACUUUCCAGAAGCACCUCAGGAGGAGGCUUCUCUCAGCAAUAGGCUCAAGACGUAUGCCAACUUUCCGGAAGCAUCUCAGGAGGAGGCUUCUCUCAGCAAUAGGCUCAAGACGUAUGCCAACUUUCCGGAAGCACCUCAGGGGGAGGCUUCUCUCAGCAAUAGGCUCAAGACGUAUGCCAACUUUCCGGAAGCACCUCAGGAGGAGGAUUCUCUCAGCAGUAGGCUCAAGACGUAUGCCAACUUUCCGGAAGCCCCUCAGGAGGAGGCUUCUUACAGCAAUAGGCUCAAGACGUAUGCCAACUUUCCGGAAGCACCUCAGGAGGAGGCUUCUCUCAGCAAUAGGCUCAAGACGUAUGCCAACUUUCCGGAAGCACCUCAGGAGGAGGCUUCUCUCAGCAGUAGGCUCAAGACCUAUGCCAACUUUCCGGAAGCACCUCAGGAGGAGGCUUCUCUCAGCAGUAGGCUCAAGACGUAUGCCAACUUUCCGGAAGCCCCUCAGGAGGAGGCUUCUUUCAGCAAUAGGCUCAAGACGUAUGCCAACUUUCCGGAAGCCCCUCAGGAGGAGGCUUCUUUCAGGAAUAGGCUCAAGACGUAUGCCAACUUUCCGGAAGCACCUCAGGAGGAGGCUUCUCUCAGCAAUAGGAUCAAGCCAUAUGCCAACUUUCCGGAAGCACCUCAGGAGGAGGCUUCUGUCAGCAGUAGGCUCAAGACGUAUGCCAACUUUCCGGAAGCACCUCAGGAGGAGGUUUCUCUCAGCAGUAGGCUCAAGACGUAUGCCAACUUUCCGGAAGCCCCUCAGGAGGAGGCUUCUUUCAGCAAUAGGCUCAAGACGUAUGCCAACUUUCCGGAAGCACCUCAGGAGGAGGCUUCUCUCAGCAAUAGGAUCAAGCCAUAUGCCAACUUUCCGGAAGCACCUCAGGAGGAGGCUUCUGUCAGCAGUAGGCUCAAGACGUAUGCCAACUUUCCGGAAGCACCUCAGGAGGAGGUUUCUCUCAGCAGUAGGCUCAAGACGUAUGCCAACUUUCCGGAAGCACCUCAGGAGGAGGCUUCUCUCAGCAAUAGGCUCAAGACGUAUGCCAACUUUCCGGAAGCACCUCAGGAGGAGGCUUCUCUCAGCAAUAGGAUCAAGCCAUAUGCCAACUUUCCGGAAGCACCUCAGGAGGAGGCUUCUGUCAGCAGUAGGCUCAAGACGAAUGCCAACUUUCCGGAAGCACCUCAGGAGGAGGCUUCUCUCAGCCAUAGGAUCAAGCCAUAUGCCAACUUUCCGGAAACACCUCAGGAGGAGGCUUCUGUCAGCAGUAGGCUCAAGACGUAUGCCAACUUUCCGGAAGCACCUCAGGAGGAGGCUUCUCUCAGCAGUAGGCUCAAGACGUAUGCCAACUUUCCGGAAGCACCUCAGGAGGAGGCUUCUCUCAGCAAUAGGAUCAAGCCAUAUGCCAACUUUCCGGAAGCACCUCAGGAGGAGGCUUCUGUCAGCAGUAGGCUCAAGACGUAUGCCAACUUUCCGGAAGCACCUCAGGAGGAGGCUUCUCUCAGCAAUAGGCUCAAGACGUAUGAAAACUUUCCAGAAGCACCUCAGGAGGAGGCUUCCCUCAGCAAUAGGCUCAAGACGUAUGAAAACUUUCCAGAAGCACCUCAGGAGGAGGCUUCUCUCAGCAAUAGGAUCAAGACGUAUGCCAACUUUCCGGAAGCACCUCAGGAGGAGGCUUCUCUCAGCAAUAGGAUCAAGACGUAUGCCAACUUUCCGGAAGCACCUCAGGAGGAGGCUUCUCUCAGCAAUAGGCUCAAGACGUAUGCCAACUUUCCGGAAGCACCUCAGGAGGAGGCUUCUCUCAGCAAUAGGCUCAAGACGUAUGCCAACAUUCCAGAAGCACCUCAGGAGGAGGCUGCUCUCAGCAAUAGGCUCAAGACGUAUGCCAACUUUCCGGAAGCACCUCAGCAGGAGGCUUCUCUCAGUAAUAGGAUCAAGACGUAUGCCAACUUUCCGGAAGCACCUCAGGAGGAGGCUUCUCUCAGCAAUAGGAUCAAGACGUAUGCCAACUUUCCGGAAGCACCUCAGGAGGAGGCUUCUCUCAGCAAUAGGCUCAAGACGUAUACCAACUUUCCGGAAGCACCUCAGGAGGAGGCUUCUCUCAGCAAUAGGCUCAAGACGUAUGCCAACAUUCCAGAAGCACCUCAGGAGGAGGCUGCUCUCAGCAAUAGGCUCAAGACGUAUGCCAACUUUCCGGAAGCACCUCAGCAGGAGGCUUCUCUCAGCAAUAGGCUCAAGACGUAUGCCAACUUUCCGGAAGCACCUCAGGAGGAGGCUUCUCUCAGCAAUAGGCUCAAGACGUAUGCCAACAUUCCAGAAGCACCUCAGGAGGAGGCUGCUCUCAGCAAUAGGCUCAAGACGUAUGCCAACUUUCCGGAAGCACCUCAGGAGGAGGUUUCUCUCAGCAGUAGGCUCAAGACGUAUGCCAACUUUCCGGAAGCCCCUCAGGAGGAGGCUUCUUUCAGCAAUAGGCUCAAGACGUAUGCCAACUUUCCGGAAGCACCUCAGGAGGAGGCUUCUCUCAGCAAUAGGAUCAAGACAUAUGCCAACUUUCCGGAAGCACCUCAGGAGGAGGCUUCUGUCAGCAGUAGGCUCAAGACGUAUGCCAACUUUCCGGAAGCACCUCAGGAGGAGGUUUCUCUCAGCAGUAGGCUCAAGACGUAUGCCAACUUUCCGGAAGCACCUCAGGAGGAGGCUUCUCUCAGCAAUAGGCUCAAGACGUAUGCCAACUUUCCGGAAGCACCUCAGGAGGAGGCUUCUCUCAGCAAUAGGAUCAAGCCAUAUGCCAACUUUCCGGAAGCACCUCAGGAGGAGGCUUCUGUCAGCAGUAGGCUCAAGACGAAUGCCAACUUUCCGGAAGCACCUCAGGAGGAGGCUUCUCUCAGCCAUAGGAUCAAGCCAUAUGCCAACUUUCCGGAAACACCUCAGGAGGAGGCUUCUGUCAGCAGUAGGCUCAAGACGUAUGCCAACUUUCCGGAAGCACCUCAGGAGGAGGCUUCUCUCAGCAGUAGGCUCAAGACGUAUGCCAACUUUCCGGAAGCACCUCAGGAGGAGGCUUCUCUCAGCAAUAGGAUCAAGCCAUAUGCCAACUUUCCGGAAGCACCUCAGGAGGAGGCUUCUGUCAGCAGUAGGCUCAAGACGUAUGCCAACUUUCCGGAAGCACCUCAGGAGGAGGCUUCUCUCAGCAAUAGGCUCAAGACGUAUGAAAACUUUCCAGAAGCACCUCAGGAGGAGGCUUCUCUCAGCAAUAGGCUCAAGACGUAUGAAAACUUUCCAGAAGCACCUCAGGAGGAGGCUUCUCUCAGCAAUAGGAUCAAGACGUAUGCCAACUUUCCGGAAGCACCUCAGGAGGAGGCUUCUCUCAGCAAUAGGAUCAAGACGUAUGCCAACUUUCCGGAAGCACCUCAGGAGGAGGCUUCUCUCAGCAAUAGGCUCAAGACGUAUGCCAACUUUCCGGAAGCACCUCAGGAGGAGGCUUCUCUCAGCAAUAGGCUCAAGACGUAUGCCAACAUUCCAGAAGCACCUCAGGAGGAGGCUGCUCUCAGCAAUAGGAUCAAGACGUAUGCCAACUUUCCGGAAGCACCUCAGGAGGAGGCUUCUCUCAGCAAUAGGCUCAAGACGUAUACCAACUUUCCGGAAGCACCUCAGGAGGAGGCUUCUCUCAGCAAUAGGCUCAAGACGUAUGCCAACAUUCCAGAAGCACCUCAGGAGGAGGCUGCUCUCAGCAAUAGGCUCAAGACGUAUGCCAACUUUCCGGAAGCACCUCAGCAGGAGGCUUCUCUCAGCAAUAGGCUCAAGACGUAUGCCAACUUUCCGGAAGCACCUCAGGAGGAGGCUUCUCUCAGCAAUAGGCUCAAGACGUAUGCCAACAUUCCAGAAGCACCUCAGGAGGAGGCUGCUCUCAGCAAUAGGCUCAAGACGUAUGCCAACUUUCCAGAAGCACCUCAGGAGGAGGCUUCUCUCAGCAAUAGGCUCAAGACGUAUGCCAAAAUUCCAGAAACACCUCAGGAGGAGGCUGCUCUCAGCAAUAGGCUCAAGACGUAUGCCAACUUUCCGGAAGCACCUCAGCAGGAGGCUUCUCUCAGCAAUAGAUUCAAGACGUAUGCCAACUUUCCAGAAGAACUUCAGGAGGAGGCUUCUAUCAGCAAUAGGCUCAAGACCUAUGCCAACUUUCCAGAAGCACCUCAGGAGGAGGCUUCUCUCAGCAAAAGGCUCAAGACGUAUGAAAACUUUCCAGAAGCACCUCAGGAGGAGGCUUCUCUCAGCAAUAGGAUCAAGAUGUAUGCCAACUUUCCAGAAGCACCUCAGGAGGAGGCUUCUCUCAGCAAUAGGCUCAAGACGUAUGCCAACUUUCCAGAAGCACCUAAGGAGGAGGCUUCUCUCAGCAAUAGGCUCAAGACGUAUGAAAACUUUCCAGAAGCACCUCAGGAGGAGGCUUCUCUCAGCAAUAGGAUCAAGAUGUAUGCCAACUUUCCAGAAGCCCCUCAGGAGGAGGCUUCUCUCAGCAAUAGCCAUACCCCGUUCCGCAUUCAACAUGACCGGUGGCUCGACUUCCUUCAGGCAACUCCAGAAAUGCCCCGAGAACACUGUCCCAAGUCUAGAGGAACACCAACAUCAGCACAGCAACUCGAGGAAUGCUCCGUGUACCCCAAAUCGUCUCGAGAUGAGAGCUGA